AAGGAUGAGUGUUAUGUUAAUUUAGGAGGGAAAGAGAUAACAAAGCAAGGUGAGGUGGUUGGUUAAUGUGACGCGGGACUUAUCCAAGAAAUUGGAAAAAUAAAAACAGAGAGCGAGCUGCGAAGCAUAGCAGAGUUGAAGCAACGCAGAAGAAGGAAUUAGAAAUGCAAUCACACUUUUUCUCACAUUCGCUCCAUUCGUUUCCAAAACCAUUUAAGAGCCAGCACUUUUUAUCUUUCACCACCUCACUUAUAUCCUCUUCCAUUUUUCCCCCUCCUACUCCUCGCUGCAAUCUCAAAUUACCACCACGCUUUCAAUUCACCAACAUUUUUCGGUCUACAACGGGAUUCGUUCGUGCUUCCGAGGAUGACUCUGUUGCCGAAAAUUCCGAUUCUCAAUGCCAAUUGGCAACACAGAAUGUGUCUUCUGAUGAUGCAUCCAUGACAGUUUUGAAGUUUAUGCUGUUCUCCGCGUUCUUCGCACUUCAAGAUGCUUUUCCGGCAGUUGCUGCUUCUGAUUUUGCUACUGGUUUGAAUUCAAUUCCUAUAUUUGGAGAUGUCGGUGACUUAAGCACAGGUUUUGCUUCAGCAUUUUUGCUGAUAUUUUUCUCUGAACUGGGAGACAAGACUUUUUUCAUUGCAGCAUUGUUAGCAGCUAGAAAUUCAGCCAGUGUUGUUUUCGUUGGGACAUUUGGCGCACUUGCGGCAAUGACUGUCAUUUCUGUCGCUCUAGGUCGAACUUUUCAUUAUGUCGACGAACUCUUGCCGUUCAGGUUUGGAGAAACUGAUCUACCUAUUGAUGAUAUUGCUGCUGUUUGCCUAUUGGUGUACUUCGGGGUCUCUACCCUGCUGGAUGCCUCAUCUAGUGAUAGCCAAAAAUCAGAUGAUGAACAGAAGGAGGCAGAGUUAGCAGUUUCCGAUUUUUCUGGAGAUGGUGCUGGAAUACUAGCUGCUGCUAGCACAAUUGUCAGCACUUUUCUCUUAGUUUUUGUUGCUGAGUGGGGUGAUAAAUCAUUUUUCUCCACAAUUGCCCUUGCAGCAGCUUCUUCGCCCUUGGGAGUCAUAGCUGGAUCACUGGCUGGUCAUGGUGUUGCAACUUUGAUAGCCGUACUUGGUGGCUCUUUACUGGGGACGUUUUUGUCGGAGAAGGUCAUUGCCUACAUUGGAGGAGUGCUCUUUCUCGUCUUUGCUGCAGUAACCGUGUUUGAAAUUGUACAAUAGAUGUUUCAAGAAAUGCAAUAUAAGUAUAAGCUCUGUACAAAGGCAUCAAGAAUGUACGGACUUCCACAAUUUUAUCUGUACCCCCCUUUACUAAAAUUUGUUAGCGACGGUUGUAGAAAAAAAAUAUACUAUCAUUUGUAGUAAUAGUUGAUCUACCUUUCAUUGUAAUCCUCAUAAACUAUGUCCAGUAAGUUAUUAACAAUUUUGUUAUUUUAUUUUUAAAGAAAUUUUUAACUAA